CAAUCUCUCUCUCUCUCCCUCUCUCUCUCUCUCUCUCUCUCCCUCGUCGGCUUCUUCCUCUUCCUCUUCCUCUUCCUCUUCUUAGAGAGAUCCUCCUCUCCCAAACCCUAGAAUUCCGAUCGAUCGCCUUCGAUUCCCACCGCUCUCCUCUGCGAUGAACUCCUCGCAGUUCAUGGAUAAGCAGAUCCUAGGGCUCUCGGGCUUGCAAUCCUCCGGCGGCUCCGGCGGCGGCGGCGGAGGCGGAGGGGACUUGUUCGAUCUGAUGAACCCCCAGGAGGAGCACCAGAUCAACGGCGGCGCCGGAGGAGUAGGAGGUGGAGGGACGAAGAAGGAGGGGAUCGUCCCCAGCUACGAUUUCCAGCCCAUCCGAACAAGCUUCGCAUCGUCUUCUCCCUCGAGCAGCGUCGGAUUAGAUGUCUCCAGGCCCACCUGGGGAUCAGUCGAUUCGAAGAUCGCCACCUCCAAUCUCAAAAAUGCUGGCAUAUUGGAGCCUCAUGAAUUAACAAAAGUUAGUCAUGUUGAAGAGAAGGGCACACAUAGUGCAGCUACUGUGGCUGACAUCGAUCAUACUGUGAAAAAAUAUGUUGAUAAUCUGCUACAUGCUCUGGAUGGUGUGAGCUCAAGGCUUUCCCAGCUAGAGAGUAGAACACACCGCCUUGAAAGUUCUGUUGAUGAAUUGAAGGUAGUUAUGGGAAAUUUUAAUGGCAGCACAGAUGGAAAAUUGAGACAGUUUGAGAAUAUUUUACGAGAGGUACAAGCUGGUGUACAAACGCUGCGCGACAAGCAAGAGAUCAUGGAAGCUCAAAUUCAACUCUCUAAGCUACAAACAUCUAAAGAACCCCAGCCAUUAGAAAACCCUAUCACUCAACACCCAGAAACUCACCCACAACACAAGCCGCCACCUCAGCAACCCAUCAUGCAGCAGCCGCCACAACACCAAGUCCCGCCACAACACCAAGUCCCAAUUCCUCCUCCGGUACAACCCACUAUGCUCCCUUCUCUCCCUCCCCCAAAUGCUCCGCCGCAGCCACCGCCACAAAUUCAAAACCCACCACCACCUCAAUCACAAUUCCCUCCUCCUCUAACUCAGCCUCAAAUCCCUUCUGUCCCUUCUUUACCUCAGGAGCAAUACCAACAAUACCAGCCCCCUCCUAUGCAGCAGCAGCCGCCACUGCCACCACCACAGCAACACUACCAACCACCACCUCAGCAUCACCAAUAUCCUCAGCCACCCCCGCUCCCACCUGCUAACCCUUCAUCUCAAAUCCAGCAUGAAGAGACUGCUCCGUACAUGCCUCCGCCGCCUCAGAACUUCCCUCCGCCUGUCCGCCAACCAGCCCCAUUUAGUGGGCCCCCGGCUCAGAACUUCUACGGGCCGCCAACUGGCGUAUACGAACCUCCUACAAGCAGACCUUAUGGCCCACCACCGGGAAGUAGUUUCACCGACUCUUACCCUUACACCGGAUCCCCCUCCCAUCGUAGCGCCUCUUCAAUGAAACCCUCGCCUUUUGCUUCAUCUGGGCCCUCACCCGACCGGGGAAGCAACUAUAAUAGGCUUCCAACAGCUCAGGUAUUACCUCAGGCAGUGCCAAUUGGAUCAAGCUCAGGUGGUGGUGGUGGUGGUGGUGGUGGUGGUGGUAGUUCCUCCUCAGGAAACAGAAUGCCGCUCGACGAUGUGGUUGAGAAGGUCGCAAAUAUGGGGUUCUCGAGAGACCAAGUUAGGGCAACUGUGAGGAAGCUUACUGAGAACGGGCAGAAUGUGGAUCUGAAUGUGGUGCUCGACAAGCUCAUGAAUGACGGGGAGAUGCAGCAGCCCCAGAAAGCUUGGUUCGGUCGGUAACUUUUCCGCUUGAAUCCUCCUCGCGUAUUACUGUAUAUUAAUGUCAUACUUUCGUGGACCCUUUUCUUUUCGAAUCUGUCUUGGAAUGAUUUGGUGUGAGAAUAGUGGACUGGAUUCUUUUGUUUGCUAUUCAAGUUCAUAUUGGUAUAGCUAAUGUUUAUUACUAGUUUGUGCUUAUUUUCAUAAGUUUGUGCUUUUUUCAUUGAAUAAUUACAGGUGCCCGUGUUCUGAUUUUAA